CAUCCUGGAAGAAAAAUGUUAAAUGUUACAAUUCGCAUCUGUAGUGUAUGAAAUAAAAAUAUCGCAACUAUUUACUUACUGGGAAGGUCGAGAUUAGAAUGCCGUUUGGGCCAAGGCAGCAACAGUACAAAUACGAUAAAGCUUUGCGAAUGGUUACAAUGUGUUUGAAUUAGGUGGUAUCCCUGAUGCCAAUUGCUUCUGGUGUUCGAAUUUGUUUUGUACAAUUGGAUGGACAUUCAACAAGAAACAUCAUGCACGCAGGAUAUAAUAAACAGAAGCGAUUCCGCAGAUGCUGGAAAUCCGGAGCAACACACACAAAAUGCUGGAGAAACUCGGCAGUUGUUUCAGGGGAGGUUGCUGGUAGAACGGGUGGAGUGCAGAAGAAAGCGGGUGCUCUUACCUUCUGAUGGAGUUCUGGAUCUUUCGGUGGGCAGCAUUCAGAGGACAGAGGACCAUCGUCAAGCCACAACGGGAGGUUGUUGGUCAACACCAGGAGUGAGGGGAUCAUUAUUUGGAUGAAGUGCCUCAAAAACAAAUUAAUUACCUCACAGGCAGCCUCAAGAGCAGCGGACACCCCGGCUGAAAUCUGGAGGAAAACACACAGAGGAUGCAGAGGGGGAUCAAAGAGGCGAGGGAAGAGGACCGGGUCGAGACAACAGAGGCUUAUGGAGAAGAGAAGUUAUAAGUUGUGUCUCCCCUCUCUCAUCAUGGGAAAUGUGAGAUCGCUGGGGAAUAAAAUGGACGAAUUGACGGCGCUUGUCAGGAGUCAGAGAACACUUCAGGAGAGCAGUGUCAUGUGCUUCACUGAGACGUGGCUGCGUGAGGACAUACCCGAUCAAAGCGUUCCCAUAGAGGGCUUCCAGACCGUUCGAGCUGACUGGAAUUGCACCGAGAGCGAUGUUUCCUGUCUUAUUUCCAGCACCUACCUUGUUUUGAUGUUAAUGAUAUAUGAGCUACAGAGAAAGAUUAGAGGCUCUGGAGAAACCAUUUCACCUGGGUAUUAGUCGGGAUGAGGUGGCGCUGCUCUCACCAGGAGAUGGACCAAUUUCGGCUUGUCCUGUUGCUGUCAUCAAUGGUGGCCUUCCUUGGUGGACUGAUUUUCGGGUACGAAUUGGGAAUCAUCUCUGGCGCACUACUGCAGCUCCAGGAGCUGUUCAGCCUUACUUGCUUGCAGCAGGAAGUCCUGGUCAGUGCCCUUCUGUUUGGAGCUUUCUUUGCCUCAUUGGUUGGAGGGGUAGUUAUUGAUCACUAUGGACGGAAAAACUCGAUCAUUCUGAGCGUGGGGUUGGUGUGUGUCGGAAGCAUCAUCCUGUUACUGUCCUCCUCGUUCUCACUGCUCGUGAGUGGCCGGGUAGCCAUUGGAUUUGCCUUAUCCAUUUCCUCCACUGCCUGCUGCAUAUUUGUUUCAGAGAUGGUCUGGCCACAUCAACGAGGGAUGUUGGUGUCACUCUAUGAGGUGGGGAUAACCGUUGGCAUCUUGAGUGCCUACGUACUGAAUUAUCUUUGGUCGGACGUACAAAAUGGAUGGAAGUACAUGUUUGGAUUGGCCAUUGGCCCGGCAGUUCUGCAGGGAAUCUGCAUUCUCUUCCUUCCCUCGAGCUUGCAGAAGGAAAAAAACCAAGCUGAUGAUUCCCAGAAAAUUCUGUUGCAGUUCCAGAACGGGGAGCCCAACAGUGCGGAGUCAGAGGAUGUUAGUUCAAUGCAAGCGCCCCAGCGGCAGUACAAAUUCCUUGACUUGUUUCGGGCCAGGGACAACAUGAGGGCACGACUGCUGGUGGCACUGGGUCUGGUGCUCGCUCAGCAGCUGACAGGACAGCCCAAUGUGCUGUACUAUGCUUCAACAAUUUUUAAAUCAGUGGGAUUUCACCAAAAUAAUUCAGCCAUCCUGGCCUCAGUAGGACUGGGAAUUGUCAAGGUUAUUACAACAUUGGUAGCCAUGGUGUGUGCGGACAAAGUUGGAAGGCGAAUGCUGCUCAUUGGUGGUUGCUUGGUAAUGUCCAUUUCAGUCACCGUGAUUGCAUUCAUCAGCCAGACUAUUACAAUGGAACUGCAUAAGACCUGCAGAAUCAAACCUCAGCCCAACGAGUCACUCUACCUCGUGAACUCCAGUGCAGCUCUCUCCGGUCCAAUUAUUUGGAAAUCAAAUCUAACAUUCACCAAUGAGAGGUUACUGAACAUGAGUCAUAAUUCAUCCUCAUCUGUCCAGGACAAACAACAUUUAACUCUGGAUGUGAAGAAGCAUAGCACUCUGGUCAGCGAGCAUGCAAUGGACUUAAUAAGCACCCCAAGCACUUUGGAUAUAGGUCUCCGUUCCAGGCAAACUCGGAAUCAUGACAUGAAAAUUCCCAGAAAAUCUUUUGAAACCUCCAAACAUUUGGUUUUAAACUGGAUUACACUGCUUAGCAUGAUGGGCUUUGUCAGUGCUUAUUCAAUUGGAUUUGGUCCAAUGACUUGGUUGGUUCUGAGUGAGAUAUUCCCCACUGGAAUAAGAGGCCGAGCAUUUGCAUUCUCCAGUAGCUUCAACUGGGCAGCUAACCUAAUUAUCACGGUGACAUUCCUGGAUAUUAUUGACACCGUUGGACUUUCUGGAACAUUCCUAUUCUAUGGAUUGGUGGGAUUUGCUUCUGUUGCUUUUAUAAGCAUUUGCCUUCCUGAGACAAAGGGACAAUCACUGGAAGAAAUUGACAGGCUGUUCUCUGCUAGAAGAUUCUCAGACCUGAGGUGCUGCAAUCUGAGUUCUGGCAGAAGAGGAACAUCAGCAGGCCAAUAUCAUCGAGCUGGCAGUUUGGUCGUUUAGACUACAGAGCGCACAAUAUUUGUUCACAGACUCAAAUGUGGUAACACGAGCUCAAUGACUCUUUGGGAUGGACUGAUAGAGCUGGAGUUUGGAUGGAGGGUGUUUGUUGUAAUGUGCAGAGCAACUCUGAUGGGUGGGGGCUGUUGUAAACUCAGGAAACCUAACCGGCUGGGAUUCCUGAUUGUCCACUGGUGGCAUGAUUGACAGCUCGGAGGCCCUUCAGGUGAGAAGCUUGCUUCAUAAUGAAGGAAUCCCAGCGAGCAGCUUCAUUACAGGGGAGUGGGAGGUCUAGAAGGUAGGGUUGUGGCAGUGGGAGGGAUUCCACUGCAGAUUUGGGACUGAGGCAGUAACAUUGCUGAUGGCUGUGGUAUCUAGUGGUGGUCAAGUGGGAGCGGAAGGUCAGAGGUCUGGUGGUGGUCAAGAGUGUGGCUGUGUGGGUGGGGAGUUAGUUCUAGGGUCUGUGAUAGUGCCCUUAGAAUCUGAUGGUGUUUGAGAGGGAUAGCACUGCAUUUGGUUGGAGUGGGGAAAAAGAGUGUUCUGUGAUGGAUGACGACAUUUCAAGGGGACUAUCUGUUUACUGGGUAAGAUUUAGAGCAUGAAGUAACUGCUUUGUUCCUUCUGCCCUCUAAAAAUGUUAUAACGACACUUACCUCAUGAAUUCAGUCACUCUUUCCUCCUUUUGGCUGCCAGGUUUCCAUAGAACUGGAAAACUCAGCUACUUGUGGUCAUUGCGGAAUGAGAGUCAAAAGAAGGCAGUUUUCCUCAUUACAGUUUCUGCCAGCUUCCCGUGCAUGCAUUGGCUGCCUAUCUGUCAUUUCAUCUCCAUUUUUAAACCUCAAGUGGGCAUGUUUGAUUGGGUUUACUGCCUGUUUCAAAUUCGUUCUGAUCUAAUCCCAACUGCACUUGUUUCAGGAGUUAGGAUUCAGUUCUCUGUGGAAGAGAACAGCUCAGUCCUGGGGAAAGAAAAAUCUGUGGACCCUUGAGAGUCUUUACUCCAACCAUUCCUACAUCUUGGCCUUUGCAGAUUUUUCCCCCCUUUAGACAUGUGGUUCAUUGUCACAGGGCUGGAUUCUGCUUUGAUUCAUUCUGAAAGUAACAAAGGGAAUGGUAAGUGUUUCUAACAGGAUGGCCAGAAGGAGCUGACCUCUUGAGGGCGGGCAAUUCUUUACUGAAGAAUCUUUUGCACCAGUUUAGCAUUAUUUCGUUUUUGUUUUCUAUUAUUGCAAUAGGGCCCCAUGACAAGUAGGACAUCAAAGCUCCUGUUGGCUUCCAUUGGUUGAGGUCAACCUUAGACGUAUCCUAGCUAUCUACGUUGUAGGUGCAGCGCUGUCUGUGGCUGAUGAGACCGAUGCAAGAGUGGCAGUCUCUGUCGCAAAGGUCGCAUCUCUAAGUGGUCUCAGAUCUGCUGAAGAUACAGUGUUCUUUUUUUUUUGUCUUCUGCCGCUUUCAGGUAUUUUUUCGCUCGCCUGACUUAAAGUGUUGUUUUAAGAUGCUCCUCCAUCUGGUGCGGUCAGCUGCAAGAUCCCCCAGGGCUCAAUGUUGAUGUCCAGCGCCUUCAUAUCCCACUUGCAGACACCCUUGUAGCGCAUCUGUGGGCGGCCAGCAGUCCCCUUGCCUGAAGCCAGCUCACUGCAGAGGACGUCUUUGGGGUUGCAGCCGCCCUGCGUGUGGUUGACAUGGUCCAGCAAGUGCAGCCCACGCUGCCUGAGCAGCGGGUACACGUUAGGGAAGCUGACGUGAGAGGGAACCUCAGCACUGGGUGCUCUGUCUUUCCAGCAGAUGCCCAAGGUGCAAUGAAGGCACCUUAAAUGGAAGGCGUUGAGCCUUCUCUCCUGCUCAGUGUAUGUUGUCCAGUCCCGCUGCCGCACAGCAGUGAACUGGUCACACAACCAUUCUACACUGCGACCUUUGAUUUGACUGAGAGUUUGGAGUUCUCCUAGACUCAUGCAGCGAGGCGGGUAACAGUGUUGCCGACUUCCUGAUGUGCUUGUCGACUUCUGCAGCUAAGGAGAAGUUGUCACUGACGAUGGAGCCCAGGUAUGUGAACUGAUGAACAGCACCCAGUUUGUAGUUAUCAGUGGUAAUGACCGGUAGUGGCUCCAUGCCUUCUCCAAAGAUGUUAGUCUUUUUCAGGUUGAUAGUCAGACCAAAUUCUUUACAGGUCUGGAAGUGCUGUGGAGUGUGGGUUGCAACUGCUCCAUCAUCAGUAAACAGCAUGUCUCUGACCAUAGUCUCACUCACUUCUUUUUUGGCUGUUAGGCAGUGAGGUUUUAGGCUGCCAUCUGAUCUGGUGUGCAGGUAGAUCCCCUCUGAUGCAUUGCCAAAUGUGUGCCUCAGGAGAAGGGCAAAGAAGAUCUCUGAGAGCACUGGGGUGAGAACACAGCCUUGCUUAAUACCACUCCUUACAUCAAGGGGCUCUGAAGAGCUGCCAUUGUACUGCACAGUCCCCUUCAUGUUGUUGUGGAAGGAUCUGAGCAUGGCGGCCUACCUUAGAGAGGAUCUGAAAGGGUCUGCCUCUGCUGCCCAAGUCAAACUCCUUAGUGAGAUCAAUAAGCACAACUAGAAGGGCCUUUUUCUGUUCUCUGCACUUUUGGAGUUGGUGGAGAGUGAAAAUCAUGUCCACAGUUGGCCUUCUAGCAUGGAAGCCUCUCUGUGACUGUGAGCGGACUAAAAAGACCCAGGAGAAGAGUUUGCCAACAACACUCAUGAGGGGUGUGCCACUGCAGUCCAUUCUCUCAUCUUUGUUUUUGUGGAGGGUAAUGACCUUCAUAUCCCUCAUAUUCUGUGGUACAGUUUCUUUCUGACAACGCUGACAGAAAACUUCAUGCAGCGAGUGCAGUAGGGUAGUGAUACAGUGUUUGAUCAGAAAUCCCAGCAUUACCUGGAGCCCUCCCUGAGGCCAAGCUGCCGAUGGCCUUGCUCAGCUCCUCCAGGGUUGUCAUGGCAUUCAGUUCUUUCAUUGUCAGCAGGCACUCAAUGGUGUCCAGGGCUGAGGUGGUGACAGUGUUCACUCUGGAGUAGAGAUCAGAGUGAUGUUCUAGCUGUCUCUCCAUUUGUUUGACCCUGUUUGUGAUUACUGACCCAUUGCUGGAUUUGAGGAGCCAUCUUGCUUUGAGAGGGGCUGAGGGCUUUUUUGAUGCCACUGAUACUGCCUGUCAUUUUUGCGGUCUGGAUGUCGUCACCGAGUUGUAUCCAGUACUCAUGGGUUACAACACCUAACAGUCUGCUGAACUUUACUUCUAGCAGCCCUGUGGAUCUGUAAGUUCCUCUCAGUUGGUGAAUGCUUAUACUCGGCUAGGGCAGCACAUUUAGCUUCAAUGAUGGGGUCAUUUAAAGGAAGUCAAUAAAUCUUAUUUCAGAAGUUCCUGGAGUCUUGUACAGUAUGUUUUUAUAUUUGCGCAGGUAGGACCUAAUAUAGGAUUUAAGAUAGUAUCUAAUCUGCUGUAACUCAGAUAUAAGACCAAAAGGCCAUAAUUAGAGCAGAAUUAGUUCAUUCAGCCCACCGAGUUUGCUUCGUCAUUUAAUCAUGGCUGAUAUACUUUCCCUUUUAACCCCAUUCUCCUGCCUUCUCUCCGUAUUCUUUGAUGCCUUGACUAAUCAAGAAACUAUCAUUUCUGCUUUAGGUAUACCCAAUGCCUUGGCCUCUACAGAUAUUUGAGGCAAUGACUUCCACAGAUUCACCACCCACUGGCUAAAGGAAUUGCCCCUCAUCUCUGCUCUAAAGGGAUGUCCUUCUAUUCUGAGGCUGUGUCCUCUAAUCCUAGACUCUCAUGCUAUUAGAAACAUCUCUCCACCUCUACUGUAUUUAGACCUUUCAAUAUUCAAUAGGUUUCAAUGAAAUCCCCCCCUCAUUCUUCUAAAUUCCAGCGAGUACAGGCCCAGAGCUAAAGGCUCCUCAUACAUUAACCCUUUCAUUCCUGGGAUAAUUCUCAUUAAUCUCCCCUGGACUCGCUCUAGUGUCAGCACAUUCUUUCUUUGAUACGGGGCCCAAAAUUGCUCACAAUACUCCAAAUGUGGUCUGAGAAAUUCUUUAUAAAGCCUCAGUAUUACACCCUUACUUUUACAUUCAAAUACUCUCAAAAUGAUUGCUAACAUUGCAUUUGCUUUCCUUACUACUGUCUCGACCUGCAAGUUAAUCUCUAGAAAAUCCUGCACUGGGAUUCCCAAGUCCCUUUGGACCUCUGAUUUUUGAAUUUACUCCCUAUUUAGAAAACAGUCUACACCUUUAUUUCUUCUACCAGGGACCAUUGUUUUUGCUGCUAUUGCUGUUGUAAUAGCUGGAAGAUAUAUUUGGAUAAAUUAUUUUUAUCCAUCUUUUUAAAUGAUCUUAACCUGCAGCAUUGCCCAGUCUAUAUGUCUUCCAGGCCUUUCCCAAGCUCAUAAUGAACAAAGUGUGAACAAGUAGCAAGAGUCGAUUGUCACUGGUUUGGUUUCUCUUCUUAUUAUGAAGCACAGGGCCUCCGCUUAUGGUACCGUGGUACAGGUAGGCCGUCCUCAGAGCUCCUGCUGCGAGCAGUGUCGGUUGUGAGUCCUUGGUACCCUGUUCCUGUAGCCUGUGUAUGGUAUGUAUCCAGCUCCCGGAAUUAGCUCCUAAAAACAAGGACAAUGCUAACAAGUAAUAUUUAGUGAAUCCUGCAACUGUGGUAAUUGAACAGGAUAAGAAAGAGAUAAGAACUUUAGCCCUUUUUUGUUGUUUUACAACCAUGCUGGUGUACUUGAUGUGAAAGAGUAAAAGUACACAAAGUUGUGUUGUUAUAGCUUUUAUCUGGGCCUUUACAUGUUAAUUCUACGUGUGUGACUGAUGGCUGAACAAAUAAAUGUAAACUAGAUUUGGGCAGGGUUAUUUUGCUAUUAGUAAUGUAUUCUGGUAAAUGUUACUGCCUUAAAACUAUAUUCAGUGACUAGUUGCAAUGAUUUGUACCCAGCACGAUUUUACA